AACAGUAUUGUGUUUGGCUGUGGAAUAGCAUUGUGUUUGACACGGACACAUUUCGGAAGCACUCAAUGUCAAGUAUGAGCGCGGGUCUGCGACCACCUGACGAAAAGUAAACUCCACUGUAUGCAGAUGUCUUGAAAAAGCAGCUCAUGUGGACGAGCGUAUGCCUACGGAGGGCCACCUGUCUCCUGCGGGUGGCAGGUGGCUGCUCAUCCAAACAUGCCCCUCAACGAUGCUUAUCGACGUUUCCGUUAAACCGACAGCCUCCAUGGAGCUUCCAUUCGCGGGCUUUCGCUGCUCCACAGUAUUACGCCACCAAGCGGACAUCAGUUUUACUGAAUCUGUGCCGCAACUUCAAGAAGGACACCAAGUCCAUUGUGGACUUCCCCCUAAGUCCCGUCACGGUGACGGACAUCAAACAUUACCUCCGCUCCAAAGACAUACCCUUUCACGACGGGCAUAGCUGUCUGCAUGCACCUAGUAUUUUCUGCGAACAGCCACCAGGUGGCGCUGGUGUGCCUGGCAGAGACAGCUUCUUCCUGUUCAUUGACAAGACUACAGGCCAGUUUCUGUGUAUGGAGACGGGGGUGGAGGGGAGCUGGGAGGACCUCCAGGACUGUUUGGAGGUGAUGCAGAAGGAAGGCCAGACGUUCAUGCACCCCAACGUGCUGCUGGGGUACCCCGCUAGCCUGGAGGAGCAGGAGGAGAAGGAGAUGGAGCUGAAGGAGGUGCAGAGGAUCUGGUCGAGCGCUGUGCCGUUGUCCGACCUCCCCGACGAGGACGCGCAGGUGAUCAAGACCAUGUUCAGCAUCGGAAAGCUCACCAACGCCACCCUGAAGAAGUUCGGCGUCCGGUUCUUCAAGCCUACUAAGAGCCUGGUGUUCCCCUGGUUCGGCGGGCGUGACUCAAGCCUGCGAGGUGUGAAACUGCUCUCAGCCGCGAGUACUGACGCCGGGCAGGUGGUCUACACCGAAGCCACCAUACCGCGCCCCUCCAGCUACCACAACCUGUUCGGGCUCCCCCUGGUGGGGCGCAAGGACUCGGAGGUGGUGCUGACGGGGCGCGAGGUGGACAGCAUGGCCGUCAGCCAGGCCACGGGCCUCCCCUCGGUGGCGCUGCCGCGCGGCGUCUCCUGCCUCCCCCCGGCGCUGCUGCCCUACCUGGAGCAGUUCCGCCGCGUCACCCUGUGGCUGGGCGGCGACAUGCGCUCGUGGGAGGCCUCCAAGAUCUUCUCGCGCAAGCUGGGCCUGAAGCGCUGCUCGCUGGUGCGGCCCGGCGACUACCAGCCCAGCCCGGCCGAGGCGCUGGCACAGGGCCGGAACCUGACCCGGAUCGUCAAGUCGUCCAUCCCGGCCGCGCACAAGUCCAUCGUCUCCUUCAAGCAGCUGAGGGAUGACGUGUUCGGCGAGCUGGCCAACACCGAGCAGGUCGCAGGGGUCAAGUGGACGCGCUUCCCAGACCUCACCAAGAUCCUGAAGGGCCAUCGUAAGGGAGAGCUCACCGUCUUCACAGGUCCUACGGGCAGUGGUAAGACCACCUUCAUCAGCGAGUACGCUCUGGAUCUGUCCAUGAACGGCGUGAACACCCUGUGGGGCAGCUUCGAGAUCAACAACGUGCGCCUGGCCAAGAUCAUGCUGACGCAGUUCUCCCUGCAGAGGCUGGAGGACAACCUGGAGCAGUACGACACCUGGGCCGACCGCUUCGAGGAGCUGCCGCUCUACUUCAUGACCUUCCACGGACAGCAGAACAUCAAGACGGUGCUGGAGACCAUGCAGCAUGCUGUGUACCUGUAUGACAUCAGUCAUGUGAUCAUCGACAACCUGCAGUUCAUGAUGGGUCAGGAGAACCUGUCUGUGGACAAGUUUGCAGUGCAGGACCACAUCAUUGGAGCCUUCCGGAAGUUUGCCACUCACAGCAGCUGUCAUGUGACCCUCAUCAUCCACCCCAGGAAGGAGGAGGACGACAAAGAGCUGCAGACCGCCUCCAUCUUUGGCACCGCCAAGGCCAGUCAGGAGGCCGAUAACGUGCUCAUCCUGCAGGAGAAGAAGCUGGUGACCUGCCCCGGCCGCCGCUCCCUCCAGGUGGCCAAGAACCGCUUCGACGGAGACGUGGGCAUCUUCCCCCUGGAGUUCAACAAGACCUCGCUGACCUUCAGCUCUCCACUCAAGGGCAAGCAGAAGCUCCGCAAGGUCAAGCCGGAGAAGAUGGGCACCGCCGAGGAAGGAGGAGGAGCAGGAGCAGGAGGAGCAGUGGAGGAGGAGGUGGUGCUGGGGGGGAGGAAGGAGAAGAAGGAAAAGGUGGAGAAGCCGGCCAAAGCCUCCAAAACAGCCAAAGCUGUCAAGGGGGCGGCAUCAGGGAGGAACAGCCCAAAGGGAGAGGGGGAGAACCUGUAGCCAAAGAAAGACAAGAAAGAAAGAAAGACAAGAACGAGUAAAGAAAAAGUAAAGAAAAGAAGGAAGGAAAAUGAACGGGACAACAGAAUGGUGAAUUGUGAGAUGGAACAGUAGAAUGGUAAAUUUUGAGACGGAACAGUAGAAUGUGUUCCAUAUGGAGAAUGGAAUCCACCAAGCCAUAGCAACCUGAGAAAGGCCCUUUGAAAAGGAUUCCCAUUCUUACAUGUGUCUGGGUUUGAGUCACUCAGAGAGGAACUGAAGAAAAUACCUUUACUGAAGCAAAGUAUCACUGAAUCUAAGAAGCUGCUGUUUUUUACCCAUGUGGGGUAAAUAGAUCUUUCUGGGAUGGAUUCUUCUGAUUGAAGACGUAAGAAAGACGGUGUUAAUGUAUGACCCUGGAUGUGAUGAUGAUGAUGAUGAUGAAGAAGAAGAAGCACUUAUAAGCUGUCCUAUGGAUCACAAAGACUAUUUUUAUACCGUCCUCAUGUUGCCUUUUGGCACGGACCCUUAACCAAGGCCUGCAAAAUGUUAUGUUUUUUGAUGAUGAAGUUAAAAUAAAGAGGGAAAACGGUUAAAAUCCACCUUAAAGGACACCUAGCCUUAGUGUCACAGUCAAGGGCUUUGUGAAGGAGGUGGAUCAUGAAAAGGUUGUGCAGCUACUGUCACAGGUGUCCUGACACACUGUGUGUCUGCACUGCAGGCUUCAUGAGUGUUUAGAGUGCAGGAGCACAGCCAUACUGGAGAUGAUGGCUGUGGAGUUAACGCACUUCAAAUAGUUAACUGUGUCCGUUACCGUCUAAAUAAACUCUUAUCACUGGGA